AUGCGGCGCCUCUACCGGGAACAACUGAAGACGGUCCAGCUGCCCCUGCCCCGCGCGGAGACCUCGGGUUCCAACGAACAGAUGAUCAGGAUCCUUCAAUGGAACCUGAACUGCCUUUGUGGCAUUGAUGGGCAGCACCCUCAGAGUGCCUCCGAGAUCUUGAAGUUGGUGGAACAGAGCACUGCUGAUAUUCUUCUCUUCCAAGAGGCCCCUGCCGGCCCAGCACAGACCUGGUGGUAUGAGCCUUGGCGAAGCAGCUUUCCCUUCCGCGAGAUGCGACGCUUAGAGGAUCAGCUGAGAAAGAUGGGGUACACCACACAGCUUCGCAGCGAAUGCUUCAGCCAGACCUUGCUGUGCUCCAUAUUCCGGGUUAGGGAGAUGCAGCACCUCUCACUGGACAUCGAGCACUCCUUUCGUUACCAGAUGGACGAGGAGCGAAACGCCCUCCACGCUGUGCUGCACUUCGGUGCCAAGGAGGACCAGAGCGACGACCACAUCAUCAGCGUGUACGCUACCCAUUUUCACCAUGAGAACUUCACGCUGGAUGCCCAGGGGGUCCGCCGCAGCGAAGCUUCGGUGUUGCUGAAGCACGCGGAACAUGCCAAGGGACCCGUGCUUGUGGCUUCUGACUUCAAUCAGGCUCGACGUCAAGACUACGAUGAAGAAGAGUGGAAGGUCGUAGCUGCUGGUUUGGCCUCCGUGAAGCAGCCGGAGGACGACGGGGUACACCAGCUUUUCACCGAGCACAACUUCCGCUGUGCCUACGACGUGGCGCGCCAGCGCAACUGGCCCAUCAGCAAGGCACCGCCUUUUACCCACUGGACCGGCACCACCGUAGAUUAUCCCUACGUACGCUCCAGCGCCAAGCGGAGGCUUCGGAGGAAUGGCGAAGGAUCCUUUGGGUGGGCGCAGGCAGGCGGCCGCAGGCCAUCAAAACCAAAGCAGGCAGGACAUGUAUAA